AUGUCUCAGUCCCCUCGUGUCGUCCUCAUAACCGGCGCGAACAGUGGCGUGGGCCUCGCCGCGACCAAAGUCCUCAUAACAGCUGCCGAAGAAUUUCACGUCAUCAUGACUGGCCGGUCUCUCGAGAAAGUACUCGCCGCGAAAAACGAGAUAUCGUCAUCAAAUCCAGAAAGUGCAUCUCGUCUGUCAACUAUUCAGUUGGACGUCACCGAUUCCUUGUCCGUCGAGGCCGCUGCCAAGCAAGUCCAUGAGACAUGGGGCCAUCUCGAUGCCUUGAUCAACAAUGCCGCCGUCGGCAACAUUCAGUCGCCGGACGUUCGGGUGCGGUUCCAGACGUGCCUUGAGACCAACGUGACUGGCGCGGCGGCUGUCGCUGAUGCGUUCCGACCUUUACUGCUCAAGGCUUCUGGCAAGCCGUAUAGUAUCUUUGUGUCCAGUGGUGCGGGGUCUGUAGGUGCUCUUCCUUUCUCUUUCUCCGCCUCUGUCCACCUAUGGAGCGGGAAAUCGUCUCCUUGCGGUCUGAAAAAGUCGAUGCCAGAUACACACUAUCACUACCGUAAACUUAAAGGAAGUGCUAAGGGCAUGGUCACAGCGCCGACUGACUUGUUAUCGCAGUUCUCACGCACGUCGGCACGUCUUUUCGCGCCCAACACGCCGAAUUUCCCGUCGCCCCCGAAUCCGACUGCUUACCACGCGUCCAAGGCGGCGUUGAACAUGGUGGCUCUAUUCGAACAUGCCGACUAUGGGAAUGAGAUCAAGGUAUUCGCUAUGAGCCCAGGGUUCGUCGUGAGCAAUUUGCGAGGCACGACCGAGGAGUUGCGGAGUGGAUGGGGUCUGGCAGGAGCUCCGAUAACAGCCGGGGAGACGUUGCUGGCCAUCCUCAAGGGGGAAAGGGAUGCGGAUGUGGGUAGAUUGAUCCAUAAAGAUGCUAUUACUAUCCUAACUAGGUCUGCCUAUGUGCUUGGCUUUUUCAUGGUCAUGCUUGGACAACGAAUCCUCGAAGAUUUGAAGUCAUGCCAAUGGAUAUCACCAAUGACAUACCAACAAAGUCCACCAACUGCUGAAGCUAUUGAAGAAGAGCUGCGUCCCAACCAAGACCAACUCAAUGCCAUUUUGCACCGGAAAGCCACAAAGGACUAA